GGCUAAGCGCGGUAGAUGCUGUCAUUCUGAGCAUCCCUCGGCUAACUCAGUUUUCUAUGGACACUGUGCUGGGCAGCUCCAUAGCUGCCUGGAGGGAGCAAGUCAGGGCUGGCGAACUUGAUCUCUCUAUUGCAAAGCACAUAGACCAACGAGUCUGACCUGAUUCUUUGGUGGGGCCCUGAUGACUGUUAACAGGCGGAGCUCAACAUACAUUAGACAUAAUUAAAGUCUAAGAUGAGCUGAAACAGCUGCAGUGAACCAUGGCUCUGCAGCAGUUUGUGUGCUGCGUCACUGUGCUGAUCACUUUCUUCUGCAAAGGUUGUCAUUUGGAUCAGCCCGCAUGUGGCAGCAGGGCUGUGAACAGCAGCAGCAUCACAGGAGCUCAUGAUGCAGCACCAGGAAGUUGGCCCUGGUUCGCUGAUAUAAACCUUUUUGUUGGAGGGUCCAAAUUUUUUUUUGGAGGGUCUCUGAUCAACGACCAGUGGGUGCUGACAACUGCAUAUGUACCUACAUUUUACCCGUCGGCCUCCAUUAGCAUGGUGGUCUAUCUGGGCCGGAACAGCCACUCAGGUCCAAGCCCGAAUGAAGUGAAUCGCACAGUGGUAAACAUCACCUGCCAUCCUGGAUUCAACUCGUCGACUCGUGAGAACGACAUUUGUCUUCUGAAGCUGUCGGCUCCUGUCAAUUUCACAGACUACAUUCAGCCGAUCUGCUUAGCCUCACAAAACAGCACCUUCAACAACGAGAGCAGCAGCUGGACCAUCGGCUUUAAUUUCAUUGUAAUCAGCAAUAACCUGCAGGAGGCAAAAGUACCAAUAGUGGGAAACAGUGAGUGCAAAGCCAGAUAUCCAGGGAUCACAGACAGCAUCAUCUGUACUGGAGAGACAGCUUCAUGUUUGCUUAGUCUUGGGGCACCACUGAUGACUCAGAGUGGAUCAGUCUGGCUGCAGAGUGGACUUCUCAUUGUUGUUGGAUGCUCUGCACGUCCUUCAACCUCUGAGUCUCCUUCAGUCUACACUGCUGUGUCCCAGUACCAGAAAUGGAUCAGCGACACAGUUACCUUCCCCUCCCCACACAGUUCAUUACAAACCACCGCUCCUCCCACUGCUCCUACCACUUCCCCGACAUGUGUGGGUGUGUAUUGCAGUGGUGAAAACCUGAUCCACUUCACUCACUUCACCUCACUGUGUGUUCUCAUUGUGUUGCUCCAUGUGUUUGCUGCAACUGUUGGAAACUAGAUCAACACAUUUACUCAAGUUCAAACAUGAAGAACUUUACCCGACAUGUUACUUUAUAACUUUAGGAACCUUUGAUUCCACCGUAUUUAUUGACAUCAGGAGGGUUUUCUUAUUAGCACAGUUAUUAUUUUUAUGUGAUUAUUUUCUCUACACAUCUGUCUGUAUUUGCCUUACUGUUUAACAGCUGAUUGUCAUUAAGAGAACAAAGCCUUCUUAAAUAAUUCUGAGUGAAAUGUUAACAUGUUGUUAUCACACAUUCACUCAUUUCUGUUGUUUGCUCAAAAUCUUAAUCAAUUAAAAUCCUUCUAA